GUCUCCUCCCGAGCCCAGCCCCGGCCGGCGAGAGCGGCGGCGAGCGCCAGCCGGAGCCGGAGACCGGGCCUCGGAGCAGGGAGGCGGAGGACCAGAGAAAGCGGUGGACCCGAGUGGAGGGCCGCGCUCGGGCCCCCUCCGCGUGCGCGUCCUCCUGGAGGAUCCCGCGUAAAUGUCGAAAAUAUUUCCUGUGAAGCAUAAGAACCCCUGAUUGUGGAAGGGCCCCACAAGCACCGUUGACCAUAAAGUGAAGAAAAGUAUGAGAGAACCGUCUGGUUGAGUCAACAAUCGGAAGACCACCACAUCCACUAGAAGACCCAGGAUGGAUCUGCACCAAAGCACUGCCAUCCCUUUCCUUGAGAAAUGGUGUUUGGAGAAGUCACUGUCUGGCUUCAGGAGACAUUAUAAUGUCAGGAAAAAACUGAAGUUAGUUAGAAUCUUGGGCCUUCUCAUGGGCCUAGUAGCCAUUAGCACUGUCCCAUUUUCAAUCAGUGCCUUUUCUGAGACAGAGACACAGAGCACAGAAGAGGUUGUUGGUGCAAGUGGUCCCAGCGCAGCACACGGUCACCAUCAGAGAACUCUCUUAGAUUUAAAUGACAAGAUUCUGGAUUAUACUCCACAGCCAUCUCUUUCUCAGGAAGGCACAUCUGAGAACACUACAGAUCAUGCCCAAGGAGACUACCCAAGAGACAUCUUCUCCCUCGAGGAGCGAAGAAAAGGUGCCAUCAUUCUGCACGUCAUUGGAAUGAUCUACAUGUUCAUAGCCUUAGCCAUUGUCUGUGAUGAAUUCUUUGUCCCUUCUUUGACUGUCAUCACUGAGAAAUUGGGCAUCUCUGAUGAUGUGGCCGGAGCCACCUUCAUGGCUGCGGGGGGCUCAGCCCCAGAACUUUUCACGUCUCUCAUAGGGGUAUUUAUUGCUCACAGCAAUGUUGGCAUAGGCACAAUCGUGGGCUCAGCAGUGUUCAAUAUCCUCUUUGUUAUUGGCAUGUGUGCUCUGUUUUCUAGAGAAAUCUUAAACCUGACAUGGUGGCCACUCUUUCGGGAUGUGUCCUUCUACAUCGUUGACUUGAUCAUGCUGAUCAUAUUUUUCCUGGAUAAUGUUAUCAUGUGGUGGGAAAGCUUGCUUCUCUUAACAGCUUACUUCGGCUAUGUGGUUUUCAUGAAAUUCAACGUCCAAGUAGAAAGAUGGGCGAAGCAAAUGAUAAAUCGCAAUAAAGUCGUCAAGGUGACAGCACCAGAGACCCAAGCAAAGUCAUCUACAGCCAGGGACAAGGAUGAGCAGGCUCUACCGACUAAGCCACGUCUCCAGCGAGGUGGAAGUUCUGCUUCUCUCCACAACAGUCUCAUGAGGAAUAGCAUCUUCCAGCUCAUGAUUCACACCCUUGACCCACUCGCUGAAGAACUUGGAUCAUAUGGAAAACUAAAAUAUUAUGACACAAUGACUGAAGAAGGGAGGUUCAGAGAAAAGGCUUCUAUUCUCCACAAGAUCGCCAAGAAGAAAUGCCAGGUGGAUGAGAACGAGAGGCAGAACGGGGCUGCCAAUCACGUGGAAAAAAUAGAGCUCCCAAACAGCACCAGCACGGAGGUUGAAAUGACACCACCCAGUGAUGCUUCGGAACCCGUACAAAAUGGAAAUCUCUCCCACACCAUCGAAGCUGCAGAAGCCCAGACCACAGAGACGGGUGAACAUGAGGAGGACCAGCCUCUCAGCCUGGCCUGGCCUUCCAACCCCCGCAAGCAAGUCACGUUCCUAAUUGUUUUCCCCAUAGUGUUUCCUCUCUGGAUUACCUUACCUGACGUCCGCAAACCGUCAUCAAGAAAGUUUUUUCCCAUCACGUUCUUUGGCUCCAUCACCUGGAUUGCUGUAUUCUCUUACUUGAUGGUCUGGUGGGCACACCAGGUUGGAGAGACAAUUGGCAUUAGUGAAGAGAUUAUGGGUCUGACCAUCUUGGCUGCUGGGACCUCCAUCCCUGAUCUUAUCACCAGUGUCAUAGUGGCCCGGAAAGGGCUCGGGGACAUGGCUGUGUCCAGCUCCGUUGGAAGCAACAUUUUUGACAUCACCGUAGGGCUCCCACUGCCCUGGCUCCUGUACACCAUCAUUCACAGGUUCCAACCAGUGGCUGUCAGCAGCAACGGCCUUUUCUGUGCCAUCGUCCUCCUGUUCAUCAUGCUGCUCUUCGUCAUUCUCUCUAUUGCACUCUGCAAAUGGCGGAUGAACAAAGUGCUGGGCUUCAUCAUGUUCGGCCUCUACUUUGUGUUCCUGGUGGUCAGUGUCCUCCUAGAAGACAGGAUUCUUGUGUGCCCUGUCUCCAUCUAGUAGGAAAAGCCAUAGCUUGAACUAACAGCAUGGAUGGUCCCUCCCCGCCCUGGGUUCUAGGCUCCUUGACCGCUCCAGAAGAGGCAGCUAGCACACAGCCGUGGGCAUUUCCAAGUGUCCCUCCUUGGCGGAUUUGAGGAUGGAUGGAUUUACACUGGGCCCACUCAUUUCACAAGCUGCUGCCAACCUUGCCUACUGAAACCACUUCAUGCAAGAGACCAUGCAAGAACCGUCCAUUUGGGGCUUCUCUCCAUUCACCACUGACAGGUACUCCUCGCUGGUCGGAGGUACAUUCAUUGUAAUGAUGCAAACAAUGACAGAGGCUCUCUCUAUGUAUACAUACAAAAUAUACAAAUUAUAAAUAGAUGCACAUGAACACACCCCUGCCUGUUCCUGUAUUAUACCUCUCCUUUCAUACCUAUAGAGUAAUACAUACCUGUAUACAAACACAAAGAAAAAUUUUAUAUAUAUAUAUAUAUAUAUAUAAAAUCAUCACACACACACACACACACACACACACACAUAUAUAUAUAUAUAUAUAUAAAUACAAAUGCAUCUUUUCAGGGAUAGCUCUAGUAUAUUUAUAGCACCUAUUUGAAGAGGGGCAUCAACCUUCGGUCUGAGCUUUACCUCUUAAGUGCAAGAGGUAAACUAAUAGAAUCAUUGCUGUGACCUUCAGCCUACCUUGGACUUAUUGGGAUCCUGCCUGGUAAGGUGGGCAUUUUAGAGAAAUAUGUUGCAGGAGGGAGGGCUUGGUGGAGAGGGUCUGUAGGGACCCUAAGCUGAGACCUCCAAAACAUUCCCACCAGCCAAACAGUGAAGACUAUCUGCCCACCCCCACUGGGGCACACUGACCAAACCCCAUGGGGUUAUGUGGGACAGACAGAGGUAAAACCCAGACUGGGUGGAUAUUGCUUUGGGGGACAGGGGAGAGGUGACCAGGGUUGGAAUUUUUUGGAUUUUUUUAUAUAUUGCCCCAGCAUGCAAGUAGAAAAUAUAACUGCAAACCAAAUUAGUGCUCUUCUAGGACAACAAGACUAUAGAAACUGAACCUAUAUUGUUCUAAUGCAUGUCCCAUUAUCAUCCCAAAAAAGGGGGGCAAGUCUAGCUGUGAUUGUCAUUUAGGCGUAUUUUGAUGCUAAGGGCUCACAUAUAAUCAAAAUGCCUGCCAAGAGAGCCUGCAAUCUAUAAUAAGAAAUAUCAUCCAGUAGAGGGGCUCAGUGGAACUUGCCACCUAAUGGGAAUAUAAGGGCGUAGUUCUUUAAAGCAUCUUCCAAUGUGGUUCAUAAAGGGCUUCAGUGCCUAUAGAAAUCAUUAUUCCACCAAUAGAACUAAACUGAUUCUGAUCAAUACUGCUUGGAUUGAGGCAGCUUAGAGAUGUUUGGAAAGGCAUUUCUACACUCAGCGCACCCGGGAAGGUUUUUGAGUCCUCCGCAGGUGGUACCAGGACCAGGAUUUGGUUAAAGCCUGUGCAAAAUCUGUGUCUCUCCUUCCAUCAGGACCCCAUGUGGGACUCUUUCGAGCGUUGAGUCCACUGAAGACUUCCUCACGCUGGCCCCAAGCCAGUAACUCCAAGGUUUUGACCUCCUGAUUUUGCUCCGCAUUCAUGUGACAUUUUCAUUUCAUUCAUUCCCCCAAAUUCUGCUUGACACCUUGUAUGAUUUCUCAGGUCUAUGUCCAUAGAAAAUAAAACCAUGGGGGGUGGGGGGGUGGAAAAGACAAACUAAAUUGAUGGGAAAAAAAUAGUUUUUCAUUCGCCCAAGUCACACUUUCCUUCCAGUCAGUUGCAAAAGUAAACAGAGGAUGGCCCAUUAUUCUGCACCCAUCUUCCAUCUAAGGCAGCACACGCCACCUAUGGGGAACUAUACGAGAUGUCUCCAGUCUAUUGUAUCCCUGAUGCCUCCUGUGAUUGGGUUGUGGGCACGUACCUCCUAACGUGGGGAGACAGGAGGCACAACUCACAAUUAAAUAGAGAGGAAGGGAGACCUGACAGCCCCAGAUCAAGCCCAGGGCUCCUUCCAGAAAACCCCAGCUCCGUCCACAGAGCGUGGCAGUACCAGGAAGUGCGCAUCACCCGCCAGCGGAAGGCGCUUCUGAGUGGAGGCUCCCUGGGAGAGCAAGAAAGCAAGAUGGCCGCCCCGCAGGAGGCGGGCCUUCGAGUCUCUCCCGCUUUGCGAAGUCGGGUGGUCACUUGUGUGAGAAAAGCGCGCAUCUUCAUCAAGGGCAGGGUGUUGUAUUGAGGCAAGAAUCUGUGCUACUUCCUUAGAGGGAAAGAGAAUGGGUAAGUGAACUUUUGGUCAAAACCUCGGGUCGUUUUCCCCGCGCUUUACUCAAAGGGGCGCAAACUGGGUUACUGUGUGAGUAUGUGUUAUUGGCUGGUCUGUUACUUGAAGGAAGGUUUGAACAGGUGACUUUAACGCAGCUGCAGAUAAACUACGUGAAACCAAAAAAGGAUGAGGAACGCCCACUGUAGCCCUGUUCUUGUCCCAGCACUUGCUGAUACUUGCCCGCCCCCGCACUCCUUCCCAGUCGUUCCCAGCUUACUUAAGGUGAGGACCCAGCCUGUACGGAGCGGCCACGGAGCAUUUUACUUGCCUUAGGAGCUCCACAUCACACGAAAUGCUGUGCUUGUUAAUGAAGAGUUGCACUUGAGGAGACAGGAUUUAGGAGCCCAUUCCCGCCCCUGUGAGGAGCAGUGAGCAUGAUGUACAACAGCUGUGUUCCCUGGCUGGCUGGUAUGCAGGCCCCUUCCCCUGCCACUGCUGUCCUCAGGAUGUGUCUGUGAGGUCAUGUGUUGGGCUAGGCCAAGUCCAGAGAGCAGUGUAGAGAAUGCAACAGUGGAUCUUGAAAAGCAUUCAAAUCAGUAACAAUUGUAAGAAAGAACUUUCCUGAGCAGGUCAUCUCUAGCCCUUUCCCUGCAUGCCUGUGUAUAUACAUACAUAAAUAUAUCCUUAUAGCAGAUCUGUAUGUACACCCGCUUACAUCAUCACCCUUUGACCUGUCACCUUCAGGAUUCAAAAGCAGGGCACAUCAAGUCUGUCAUAAUGAAGGAAAAGAAAAGUCACCCACACCACCAGCCCAAGGGAACAUCUCUUCCUGACCUCAUAAGGUUUGUUCUGGGCACAUGUACAUACAAACCUACACAGUAGGCCCCCAUCCUAUACACUUUCCCACACCAAGAGGGGAGUUACAGCCUAUGGAAAUGGCCAGCCAUAGCCCCAGUGCUGACGUACAGGCAAAGAAUACCAACAGAAAAGCUUAGACCACAGAUAUUCUUUGCUUUCUUGUAGCAGGGUGUAUAAAUAUCAAAAAUUCUAGAACCACCUUCUUGCUUCUCAAUCUAAACAAACAAGCCGUGCCCAGAGGGUUCCAGUCAGCCAUGGCAAACCAAGCAGGUCUUGCUUGCCGUCACCUCCCGUCACCCUAGGCAGCCUCCGCACAGGAGAGCAACCUGGCUCAAACCAGGAAUGCCCAAACGGAACCUUCUAAAUUGCAUCAGGAAAUGCCUGUGCUGGGUCCAGCUGCCUUCUGAACCCAACUAGUCCCUGAAGCAUUGAAGCUGGAGAUGAGAUGGAUGGUACCUAUGCGUUCUCCCAGGACCUAAGCUGAGGCCAGCAGUGACCGAUCAGGAAGCCACAGUACAUGUGCACAGACCAAGGUGUAGGGCUGUUUAUCAAUUUGGCAGUUGUGGCAGAAUAUCCUAAAGCCUUGCCCAGAAGAUUAUAAAAAGAGGCACACACUGAUUCAUAGUCAGGGAAAAUGCUUUGUAAGGCUUCUAACAGGUGCCACCUGACAGGGGCCAUUAUAAUUUAUUUUCUAGGAAAGACAUGAAUCAGGUGGUUUGGAGGCCUUUCAGCAAAACACAGCUGCCUCACUGAUGAGACAGUUGAUAAUAUUAAUGUACAUCCCUUCCUGGGCAGGGAGAAAGUUGGCAAACCCCCCACCAACGCUCACAGCUCUUCAACUCCUCCGUAACAGGGAGAUGGGCGAUGAGCCGUAAAGGGAAGCUCCCCCCGCCCCAGACCACCUUAACAGAAAGCUGACCAAGGAAAUGACAACAGCUAGAGAUGCUGGCCAGAGACUCAGUUGAAGAAGAGGGGACUUCUGCUCAGUGCUCGGCUGAGAUUGCUGGGUUAGAAUAUGUGACAGGAGUCUGAUGACCUAUCUGAAUACAAGCAUUUUGGGAAACAUCAGUAUGCUUUCUUCCCUGCACCUGCCAACACACACACACACACACACACACACACACACACACACACACACACACACACACACAAGAUUACGAGGAUGUCGUGCUUCCUUCCACCUGGACAGAUUGUUACUCCACUGAUUAAGUGGCCAUAUUAGAAGUGGCAGCUCUAUUCCAGAAAAAAUAAAGGGAAACUGUCCUCAGGGUGAUUUCUGGGGAAAUCAGCAGUCUCCUGAAGGCUUGAUAUAGAAGCUAAUGCUCAUUCUUGCUAAGCCAGAUCUCACAUAACCACGUGGCUUAAUAUUUUUAAAAAGACACAUCUUCAACUCCUAAACCUCCCUCAGCAAUAUUGUCUUUAAUUAGUAAGUAAGGGCUUUGCCAUUAAAAGAGAAUUAGUUGAGGGGAAAAUGAAGCAUAAGGAAAAGGAAGAAAGGAAAAAUGUAUUUACUUUUACAGCGAUUGCCAAGAAAACAAGUGUCACACUGAUAUAUAUCCCCAUGUAGUUUAAAAUAAUUACAAAUUUCAGGCUUUUUCAACCAAUUAUAAGAACGUGCUUGCCGAAGAUAAAAGUAUCUUCCCGUCUCUAGAAGGCCUUGGGACAGAAAGGUCAUAUGCCCCUGCCCCACUAUUUCAGCUUAGCUCGUUGCUUCUGUCUCUUUGUGUGUCUUUAAUUUCACAGUCUUUAAACUAUGUAACAAACAAGAAAAGCAAUAAAGGACAUGCGCACCACUCUAUUACUUAUCAUUACAACAUUGCAAUGUUUGGGUUUUUGGGGUUUUGUUUUUGUUUUUUUCACUUCAGUGGGAGCUUUGAAACUGCACAGGUUAUGGCAUGUGAUCGCCGGGAGAAUUCAAGCAUCUGUAGAAAGCAGGGGUGCACUUGUGUUUGGUAUGGAAGUAACGCAUCUUUCCACCCAGACGCCUCCCUCCAAACAAUGUCUGUGCUGCCAUUUUCCACGCUUUCCGCACCCCCCGGGGUGCCAGCCUUGCUCAGAACCACCUGAAUUCCACAGUGGUCUUUCGUCUGACUGGUCAAAGUGUCCUUUAAAAACAGCAAGAGAGAGCUAAAAAUAAUAAAGUGAAUCCACAAGUCAGCCAGUUUUUUUAGAGACAAAAAUGACCCUGUAAUUACAGCUGGAGAGACAUCUCUGUUCAAAUUAAUGUACAAGGGAAACUGCAUAGAACACUAAAUUAAGCCAGAGCACUUUCACUAAAUGAUUGAUUGACAGACUGGAAGACCUUAAAGAAUUGAAAACAAAACAACAACAACAAAACAACAGAUAACUACCUGUCUGGAAGAGUGCCAUGGAAUCUGCCUUGAGUUUGCCAAAGGUUUAAUUCUGUUAAGACCGUUCAUCCAACCUAUCACCCUCAUCAAAAGGACAGUUCUUUCGCAGGAGACGGGUCCUGGCGUAGGGGUUCCUGGCGGAACCAGGUUUCAUCAACUAUUAACAUUAACAACCAGAAGGUUAACCCGAGCCCAACAGUUGAUGACUCCACCUCUGUCUUUUUGGGGGGCAGAAAAGAAUUGAGUCUGGACGCUUUUCACCAGGUACCCCUGACACACUUGGGAGCCGCCACUAUGUGACCCUUUCUCUGUUUUCAUCAAAAGUGUCUUUAGAGUUUUAUUUCAGAGUCCUUUUUUCCUCACCCUCUUGAUUUUUAUAGUUCUUCUCUACUCACCCUUUUUAAAUGCUUUCGGUUGCUCCUAGAUUAUAGAACCUUAUGACUAAUCAUGACACAAGUCGGUUCUCGACAAGGCUGACUUACCGUCACAAACCUAAUGCUUAUUAUGCACCCCUCUGUUGCUCUUACUUUUAGAAAGUCACAUUUCAUUGCUAAUUCACAUCCAUCUUCUGUUCCCUGUCACUUUGCUAUCUCUUCUCCAAGACACGGAGGUGAAGCUGGUGCAUUUCUCAGCCUGCCCCAGUGCAUUUGGUUAGCCAUUUUUCCUACUCUGAGGCCUUUUUGAGUCUCCACUUGGCCUUUUUGAGUCUCAGUCUGAUUAUUUCUAAUGCCAUUUCCAGUUUUCAAGUCCAGGUUGGACUCAGCGCUCACUCCCCAUCGAGAUUCUUCCCACCAAUCCCCGGUUUGCUUGCACUUGGCAAGUCCAAUGAGCAUUUUCUGCACCUCCUCAUUAAUGUGAAUAUUCAAAAAUGCUGGGCCCCUGCCCCCAACAAUUUCUGUUUCAUGCAGUUGGCGAUUUCUUAGGGGAAAAAAAUCCCUCCUGAUUGCUACUACAGUGCGAACAGAAUUCACAACCCUAAGACAGUACAGUCACAGAAAUACCUUCUGAGCACCAGCAGGGCCUUGAUACAACAGAACUAACAGUGGAGAAAAGUAUGAACACGGGAUGCAGCAUGAGCAUGAGGCCCGGGGAGGGAGGGCAAGCUCAUGAGCUUCAUUUUUAAGGUCAUAAUUCGACACUCACAAAGAACUGUAAGUGGGGGAGACACCACUGGAAAUCAUUCAAAUGCUCUACCUGCUUUGAUUUACCAAAAGGAAUUCGUUAUGUUCACUCCAAUAGGAAAUAGGAGAAAUGGUUGGAUAGGAAUUGCUAGGUUGAAUAGGAAUUGUGUGGUUGUAGAUUGGGUCCUGGCCCAGGAAACCAAGCUACAGUUCACCAAAAGGAUGGGAAUUCUCUCCUGCAUUCUCACAUACUGAGCUGCAUGUUCCUUUGUAAUGGAUCCGUAAGUAACGAAAGCCUUGGGACUGAUAGUUCUUAAAACAGUCAACUCACCGAAAGAGAAUACUAAUGUUUUAAAUCAUGUCACACACACACACACACACACACACACACACACACACACAGGAAUGAAUCCCUGAAUUAAAUAAUUUUAAGGAUCAAAUUACAUGCAUGCAGUAAGGAUAGAUAAUUCCUUGCCAUUUAAUUAAAUGAAUCUCCAAUUCUCAUCAGGAUAAAACUGAAGGACAAUGGAUGCCUUUUGGGUUUUUAAUUUUUUAAUAUUGCACUUUAUAGUACUUCACAAGAGACAAUUGUCUUAAUUAAAGCCAUAAAAUACCAAUAAUACAUAUAUUCAGGGCUUCUGAAUAUAGUCAAUCAAUAAGCAGUCAUGAGUCAUUCCUGUUUUGUAUUGUUUGUUGUAAAAUGGAGUUUAUCUGUUCCAUUUUUUAUUGCAUACAAUUAUUGUUCUAGACAAUCCUAACCUACUGAUAAAUUUUAGAUGUGUACUUUAAUAAAACUCUGAAAAUGAAAGAAAUUGUUCAUUUCACAAAAGCAUUCUUCAUCUUCAAAGUAGCUUGUGACACGGUUCCUUGAAAUAGCAAGUUCUGAUACUAUAUUGCAAGUAUUUCUCUUUCUAAAUUAUAGAUUUAGUAUUUUUCAGGAAUCCAUUUGUUAUGUAAAGCAAGGUUCACCCAUAUGGUGAGUGAAAUGGAUAAUGAGGCAAAUACAUACCUGGGAAAUUUAAGGUUUGUUUGAGUUUUUAUAUAAAUGUAGGAUGGGCCUAAGAAGUUCCCUUAUAAAAAUGGCAAAUAUAGAUAUACAAUUUGUCGAUAAUUUCCUAUGCCGACAUUAUCAGCCUUCCUUGGGAGGACAUAGAAAAUAACAGACUUCAUAAUGCAUUCCCUUUCUGCUAAAAUACACAAAUUCUGACCAGUAUGGUAGACUACUUACCUAUACACACAGAGGUCCCCACAACUAAAAACUUUAAUAUUUCACUUGAUCACAACUUUCUGUGUAAUUUGAGGGAAAGUUAAAAAAAUGACCAAAAAGCAUUUAAUAGCCUAGAAAUAUUCACCACAACUGGGUGCCUAAAUUAUCAAUAUAGAGUAAACACGUAUAUUAAAUUGAAUGACCCUGACAAUUUGAUGCUUAAAUGGCCAUUUGCCCUAAGGGAGAGGAUCUAGUCCCAGAGCCAGUGAUCUUCUUGUUGGGGACUCUUUUGUGGUCUGAACAGUUUCUCCAAAGGGCAGAGACUCUCCACCCGGAAGAGGGAGCCUCUGUUGACAUGUAGCCCUGUUGAACCCUGCACACAAAGGCCGUAUUUGUGCCCUGCAUCUAGCCCAGAUGUUUCUUCUGCUCGAGUCUGAGAGAGCUCCAGAAGCAAGAACUUCUAUCUCCAAGCAAUCCGCAGUCUCAAAGAGCCAUCAAAAAUGGGAGUAGCCAAAGCUACCUUCCUGGAUAUUUAAUGCAGUUGCUGUUAGCCCUAGAGGAAAGAUAAAUUAUACAUUUGUUCUUUGCAUAUUGGUAAAACAGAAAAUGUGGCCGACGCUGACCCCAACAUAGCCAUUUGCCCUAGAACACAUAAACUCUUUUUUGGACAGGUUACAUUAAAAAUCUCAGAAUGCCAUUUUUGUAAAGGAUCUUUUUAGGGAUAGAUGUCGUCUCACGCUUUCUCUGUUUGCCUCCAUUUUAAAGAAGCAUUUUAACCCCUAACAAGAAUCCAGCUGAUGCACUUCCAAAUUUUUUUUUGUCAUUUUCAGUGUGUUUUGUUUAUUACAUGCAGUUUUCACUGGAUGACAGAUACAUGGAGAGUUUGUGUCAGUUUAUUCUCUGUGAAUAUGUCUAUACAUAGACCGAAAGCUAUACUUAUUUGUACAUAGGCUGUCUGCAGUAAAAUGUGUUUCUGUCACAUGAACUUCACUUGAUAAAGGGCGUUUGUUUCUUCACUGUGUUCCUGUUACACUUUCCACACCUUUGUGCUUCUACUACUGGUAUCAACUCAUAGAAUAUCACUUUAUGUAACUAAGUCUCCUCGGUGUGAAAAAUGAUAGUAAUAAAAUUAUUGACUCAAAAAAAAAAAA